GAUAAUUAGUUUGAUUUGCAUUUGAUUUAUGUUUUGAUUGUGUGUUUCUCUGACCACAAGUGUUGAGACUUAAGACUACUGUUUAGUGUGUAUUGAGAUGUGAAGAGAGAUGUUUGGGACCCAACUCUCACAUACCAUCACAACUGUUGUCAUCAUUUCUUGAUUCACUCUUUCAUUCACUCAAUUGUAUUCAAUCGGUUCCGCAAACUCUUCGAGUCUUCAUUUGAGUUGACAAUUGAUGUCCACAAAGGACUUGACAAUCGCUACAACUAAUCACUCAUCCAUUUGUUGUCCAAAUCACAUCGGAUCCCAUCCACGAACUGUGUGUUUACCGCGCGAUCUGAUUGUUUGACUUGAUUUGGUCUGCGGUGUGAACUGAUCGGUGCUCUGGAGGCUGAGGAGGAAGAAAGGAUGGGUGAAAACAGUAACUCUUCGACGACCAACUCGUCCAACAACAACGUGUCGAUGCAGUCGACGGCCGACUAUUUGGCGCAACUUCUUAAGGACCGAAAACAGUUGAUAGCGUUUCCCAAUGUCUUCAUUCACAUCGAGCGUCUCCUCGAUGAAGUGGUGUUGAGUAGAGUCAAUAGCAAUUUGUUGAUAACUCGGGUGUUUGUGGUCAUUUGUGAGUUCUGUGAACGUAUUACAAACCCCCGCACUGUACCCAACAAACCGCUGUAUUACUUGUCGGUAUCGGCCCUCCGGUGGUAA